GUUCUUUUCCUAGAGUGGCCGUGAAGGCGGGAGGGCGCCUUCUGCCCGGCGCAUGCGCUUUGAAGGUGAAAGGUCGGCAACAUGGCGGCGGCCUCUUCAGGCGAUGAAGCGCCGGACAAUGAGGACUAUUAUUCGUUGCUCAACGUGCGGCGGGAGGCCACUCAAGAGGAGCUGAAAGCCGCCUACCGCCGGCUGUGCAUGCUGUAUCAUCCCGACAAGCACAGAGACCCCGAACUCAAGAGGCAGGCCGAGCAGCUCUUCAACCUCCUUCACCAGGCUUAUGAAGUGCUCAGCGACCCCCAGACCCGAGCCAUCUACGACAUUUAUGGAAAACGAGGCCUUGAAAUGGAAGGAUGGGAGGUGGUCGAGAGGAGAAGGACCCCCGCCGAAAUCCGGGAGGAAUUUGAACGGCUGCAGCGCGAGAGGGAGGAGAGGCGGCUUCAGCAGCGGACAAACCCCAAAGGUACCAUUAGCGUCGGAGUAGACGCUACCGACCUGUUUGACCGUUACGAGGAGGACUACGAAGACGUGCCAGGCAGCCCGUUCCCCCACCUUGAAAUCAACCGAAUGCACAUAUCCCAGUCCAUCGAGGCCCCUCUCACGACCACGGACACCGCCAUCCUCUCAGGAAAUCUCUCUACGCAGAAUGGCAACGGCGGUGGCUCCGUCAGCCUGGGUCUCCGGCGGGUGACCUCCGCCAAGGGCUGGGGAGAGCUAGAAUUCGGAGCAGGAGACUUGCAGGGCCCCGUCUUUGGCCUGAAGAUGUUCCGGAAUCUCACGCAACGAUGCUUCAUCACCACUAACUGCGCCCUCCAGUUCUCCUCGCGAGGGAUCCGUCCCGGACUUACGACGGUCCUGGCCCGAAAUCUCGAUAAGAACACUAUGGGAUACCUGCAGUGGCGCUGGGGUCUCCAGUCAGCCAUGAACACCAGUCUAGUCCGGGACACCAAAACCAGCCACUUCACCAUGGCCUUCCAGCUGGGCAUCCCUCACUCCUUCGUCAUGGUCAGCUACCAGCACAAGUUUCAGGACGAAGAUCAGACGCGGGUCAAAGGAUCCCUGAAGGCUGGCUUUUUCGGCACCAUCGUGGAGUACGGAGCGGAGCGGAAGAUCUCCAAACACAGCAUCCUCGGGGCCACGGUCAGCGUGGGGUUGCCCCAGGGCGUCUCUUUGAAGAUCAAGCUAAACAGGGCCAGCCAGACGUAUUUCUUCCCCAUUCACUUGACGGAUCAGCUCCUGCCCAGCGCCGUUUUCUACGCCACGGCUGGACCUCUGGUCUUCUACUUCGCCAUGGACCGGCUGAUCAUCCAACCUUAUCUGCGGGCGCAGAAGGAGAAAGAAUUGGAGAAGCAACGCGAGAGCUGCUCCAGCGAUACCUUGCAGAAGAAACAGGAAGCCGAAGCUGCCGUGCGGCUGAUGCAGGAGUCGGUCCGGAGGAUCAUUGAGGCCGAGGAAGCCAGGAUGGGCCUGAUUAUCGUCAAUGCCUGGUACGGGAAGUUCGUCAACGACCAGAGCAGGCGGGACGAGAAGGCCAGGGUGAUUGACGUGACGGUGCCCUUACAGUGCCUGGUCAAGGAUUCGAAACUCAUCCUCACCGAAGCCUCCAAGGCCGGCCUGCCCGGAUUCUACGACCCUUGCGUUGGCGAAGAGAAGAACUUGAAAGUCCUCUACCAGUUUCGCGGCGUUCUCCACCAAGUGAUGUCGGCGGACAACGAGGCCCUUCGGAUACCAAAGCAGUCCCACCGGAUCGAUAUGGACAGCUAAUGCAGCAGCACGGAGCUGCCUGGGGGAGGCGCCCCCGGCUCGGCAGAAACAGCCCCCCCCCCUUUCUGGAUUCGAAACGGCUUCACACCCUUUGGACAAGCAACUUCUUCUAGAGGAAAAAAAAUUAGGUGGCUUUUGCACCCGUGACCUUGGCAGAGAGAAGGAACCACAGCCACCUAUUUUACAGGUGCCCAGGGUGCUCUCCCCUCGUCCUCCAUCACCCGGGCACGCUGUGGGACAGGAGGGUCCAGGACCAACCUCCCCCCCUCAAAAAAACCCCCACAACCCUUGUCAAAGAGGCAAGGUCAGUUUUAACCACUCAAUCGCCCAACACGUCCGGCAUCCAGCAGCGUAAAAAGGUGAAAAAGGAGGGGAAAAUAAUUAGCCAUCCGCCCGGUUAGAUGCCAGAGGCGGGCAGUGUGUCCACUCCAGGCAUCGCUGACCCGAUGGGAUCCUGCUAGCUUUCUUUCUUGAUCAAACCAGGAUCUUCGGCCUUCAAGAUCAGCCACCGUCACCGGGCAAGGCUCCAGGCUACUUGAGACUCCCGUCUCCCAGCACCGCAGGGUUGGCUAAACCGGACGCCGAUGCGGACUGCGGCUCUCGUCGCCUUCCUUUGCGGAUCAGCUCUUUGGGGAAAGACACCCCCCCUCCAAGUUUCUGAAUUGGAGCCUCUUCCUAGAUGUUGGGAAUCUGUCGGCUCCUUUCUUCUCCUCGAUCCUGGAAAGGCUGUGGUCAACUCUGAAACCAGGUAUUUCCCCCACAUCUUAGGCCAACGUCCGUCAGGCAGAAAUGUUUUUUGUUUUGGUUCACACACUUCCCGAAAGUUCCUUUCUCUCUGCGCUGCUCGUCUAAUUUUUCCUUCUGGGGUUGAGAUAUUACUACUACUAAUAAUAAUAAUCGUAGCAGCCCAAAACCA